UUAUAUUUUCGUAUAUGGUAUCACAGAGCUAGGGUUUAAUUUUUUUUUCCGACAACAUGACCGGCGCUCAAACUCACGCCGCCAGAAACCCUACGGCCGUCACUGCGCCGCCGCCCUCCCAGGUGCAUCCGCCGCUGCAGAGACCUCCGAUUUCUCAGGCGCCCCAUCCUCAGGUGCAGCCUCUGCUUAGCAGUCACGACGCUGGUUUCGCUUCCUCAAUCGACACUGCUUCCAGCAGUGCGGUGCCGCCUACAACGCUGCCAUCCCUGCCGCCACAUGCUGUGCAGCCACCCUGGUCUCCGCUUGUAGCCUCUCUCCGACAUCGGCUCUUUGAAAUUCCAGCGUUUGAUUCCUACAGAUUGUUUAAUGUACCGGAACCAUCUUCUUGGACGCUGACCACUGCUCUGCCGCCGCCUCCGAGUCUGGCCUCGCCUGCUUCUGACGUCGGCGUACUGCUAGCCCCUUUAUGCGGUCUGACGUUCUCUGGUCAGCCGGGGGUCAGUCCGUUGCCGCAAGCUCUUCAUCCGGUAGCCGCAGGUAAUACUCCUCCUUCCACGUCUUUGGCAGCUCUCUCGUCUCAAUUGGUGUUUUCCACACCAAAUGUGACUAACAUUGUUACUACUCAGCUAUCUGAUGUGGAAGAUUAUCUCCCGUGGCGUACCCACUUUGAGUCAUUCUUGGUCUCUCAUAUUCUUCUUGGGAUCGUGGAUGGCUCAAUUCGGGUACCGUCACCCACUGUUGUUGACACUGCCAGACGUGAGGUACCUAAUAAGGAUUAUCAUCAUUGGCUGAAAAUAGAUCAGACGGUUAGGUCUUGGCUGUUUGGUACUCUUGCUAGGGAUAUUUUAAUGGAGGUGUAUGAUUUAAAAUUUUCAUAUCUUAAUUGGGAACGCCUUGAGACUCGAUUUAUGUCUGCAUGUUUUGCUCGGUCUAUUGAACUUAAGCGUUCUUUAUCUCAUGUUAAAAAGAAGGAUUCCCAAACUAUGGAUCAAUAUUUACUGUAAAUUAAAAUUAUGGCUGAUGCACUUGCGAUGAUUAAUUCUCCUGUUAGUAACUGUGAGUUAAUGGAAUAUGCCAUUCUGGGGUUGGGUCGUGACUAUGAAUCUCUUAUCACGACUAUCUCCUAUUUUCCUGGGAAUGCUACUCUUGAAUCUUUGCGGCCAAUUCUACAAGCUCAGGAGCACAGGAAUGCUGUUAUUCAGUCCCAGGACUCUUCUACGGUGCAUCAGGCGUUUGCGGCUACGCCUUCAGCCCCUGGGCGUGGUUCUGCUCCUCGCGGUUCAGGUGGAGGUCCACCUAGGGGAAAUGGCGGUCGCGGUAACCGAGGUAGCAAAUCUCGGGGUGGUCGUGGUCGCGGCGGACGAGGCUAUCAUUCGCAUUAUUAGCAGCAGUUUGGCGGCUAUCCGGUCUAUGGGGUUCCUUACGGGCAGCAGGCUCCACCUCCACGUGGUCCUUCAUAUCCUGGUGGCACAGGUCAUUCAGCUAUCACUUGUUCUCGUUUCACCGCACAAUAUACUCCAGCACUUGCGGCCCUUCCCACUGGUGACACACAUGACUCGGUCUGGUAUCCUGAUUCUGGGGCUUCCGCGCACAUGACUCCUCAUGCAAGUAUGUUGUCUUUUAAAACUCCUUACACUGGCCCGAAUCAAGUAUGUGUUGUAAAUGGUACAAAAUUACCUAUUUCUCAUAUUGGUGACGUUAAAUUACUCACCAAUGGUCGCCCGCUGCAACUUAACUCUGUUUUUCAUGUCCCACACAUUAAAUAUAAUUUGUUAUCUAUUCAAAAAUUGUGUGCGGAUAAUGCAUGUCAAGUUGUUUUUGAUAAAAACUCUUUCUCUGUUAAGGACAAUCACACGGGGGAGCUUCUUCUUCAGGUCUCUAAUAAAGACCAUGUCUAUCCCUUUACUGCUUUUCAAGCCCAAAUUGUCCCUGGUCCAGUCUGGCACAAGCGUCUAGGACAUUGUGGUGAUCGAGUGCUUAGUACUCUUAGGCAAAAUAAAUUGAUUACUAGUUCUUCUACUUUUAUUCAUGAUUGUGUUUCCUGUAAGUUGGGCAAGUCCCACAGACUUCCUUUUACUGAUGCUACUCAUGAUACUACUGCUCCUUUACAACUUAUUCACUCUGAUGUGUGGCAAUCGCCGGUUGUUUCCAAUCUUGGUUUUAAUAAUUAUGUGUCCUUUAUUGAUGAUUUUUCUAGAUAUACCUGGAUUUAAAUAGAUGGUGGAUUUGUCCUCCACCAUCACUCUGAAAAACCAAGUUUUUACUCAUUUCAUUAAUUUUCAAAAGCUGGUUGAAAAUUUUUUUAAUGUCAAAAUCAAAGUUUUUCAGAGUGAUGGUGGAGGUGAAUUUGAUAACUCUGUUUUUCGUCAACAUUUUCUUAAUUCAGGCAUUUUAUUUCGCAAAUCAUGUCCUAAUACCCCUGCUCAAAAUGGUGUAGCUGAACGCAAACAUAAGCAUUUACUAGAAUUAACUAGGACUUUAUUAAUUGAUUCUUCUAUUCCUAGUACUUUCUGGGUAAAUGCUCUUUAUACCGCCACGUUUAUUGUUAACCGUUUGCCUACACCAAUUUUGAAUGGGGACACUCCAUAUCAACGUCUUUUUAAUAAAUUGCCUGAUUAUAAUUUUUUACGGGUGUUUGGUUGCUCAUGUUUUCCAAAUUUCAUUGCUGUCUCGCAUAAUAAGCUCUCACCGCGCUCUAUACAUUGUGUCUUUCUUGGAUAUGCUCCGGGGUAUAAAGGGUAUCGAUGUUUUUCUCCUUCUACGGGGCGAGUGUACGUGAGUCGGGAUGUUAUUUUUCAUGAAAAUAUUUUUCCUACCCUAAAUUGGCGUCCCAUCCCUCCUCCUCCACCCAUACACUACCCCUGUCAUGGUUUUCUACCUCAGUUCAGACAUGUCCAGCUUUACCCGCACAUCUACCCCACUCCUCACCUCUGCCGUUAUCUUCUCAGCCGUCACCCACAUUCUUAACCCCUGCAACCAGCCCUUCCCGUACGCCAGCCACUCCCAUAACACCAACCAGUCCACCUAGUACCCCACCGACCAGUCCACUCCUCUCUGACCAACCUACCAGCCCUAUCUCCCAGUCCACAUCCUCGGCUCCUACAUCCCCCAGUACUACCUCCAGCUCCCUGUCCUCGGCAGAAAGUACCCCCACCCCACCUGCACCCACCAAUGUCCAUCCGAUGCGCGCACGCGCUAAGGAUGGCAUUUUCAAACCCAAAACUAUCUUCACCUUAAGUGUUAUGUCUCCCCCGGAUGAUCCUACAUGUUUUACACAGGCAAAUAAAAGUUUUAUUUGGCGGGCUGCCAUGGCUGAUGAAUUUAAUGCUUUGAUUUAUAACAAGACUUGGGAUUUGGUACCUUGGGACCCUACGAAAAAUGUGGUUGGUUGUAAGUGGAUUUAUAAGACAAAAUACUGUUCUGAUGGGUUUGUUGAGCGGCAUAAAGCUCGUUUAGUUACUCAAGGUUUUAAACAACAGGCUGGUAUUGAUUUUACUGAAACUUUUAGUCCCGUUGUUAAACCUACCACAGUUCGUCUUGUGUUAUCUGUUGCUAUUUCUUUGGGCUGGUCUGUUCGUCAGUUAGAUGUGAAAAAUGCAUUUUUACAUGGCAUCUUAACUGAAGAAGUUUAUAUGCGUCAACCUCAGGGCUUUGUCCAUCCUUCCUAUCCUAAUCAUGUCUGUCGCCUUCAAAAAAGGCUCUUUAUGGCUUGAAACAAGCUCAUAUAGCUUGGUUUCAUCGAUUUAGUGGGUUUUUGCUAAGUCGUGGUUUCUCACAAAGCAAGUCUGACUCAUCCAUGUUUGUUUAUCGUACUGAGUCGCAUGUGGUGUAUAUUCUUUUAUAUGUGGAUGAUAUUAUUAUUAUUACAUGCUCUUCUGCUCCAUUUGUUUCAUCUGUCAUCAACACUUUAUCUAAACAAUUUGCAAUGAAAGAUUUGGGGGAUGUUCACUUCUUCUUAGGUGUGCAAGCUAAAUGCACUCCUAAAGGUCUUUUCUUAUCACAGGCUAAGUAUAUAUCUGAUCUUUUGCGUCGUUUUCAUCUUCAUACUGUCAAACCUGUCCGUACCCCCUACCUUCACGCACUACACUCUCUCUCACAGAUGGGGAACUCUUAUCUGACGUUACUGAGUACCAAAGUAUGGUAUGUGCUCUUCAGUAUCUAACUAUUACUAGACCUGAUAUUACUUAUGUUGUUCACCUUGUGUCUCAGUUUAUGCAUGUUCCACGUACUACUCACCUUUUGGCAGUUAAGAGGAUUUACAGGUAUCUGAAGGGUACAAACACACAUGGUUUAUGGCUGAGAGCUGAAAAAAAUAUUUCUGUUGUUACGGCCUACUCAGAUGCAGAUUGGGCAGGUUGCCCAGACAGCUCACGCUCUACCACCGGUUAUGCGGUUUUCCUAGGCUCCAAUUUGGUUUCAUGGCGCUCUAAGAAACAACCGACAGUUUCUAAAUCCUCUACUGAGGCUGAAUACAGGGCCAUUGCUUAUACUGUACCUCCAAGAUACACUCUUCAUCAGAUCACUACUGGCAAAUAUGUGUAUUGUUAUCUCGACACCAGUACAGCUCCUUUGUGAUAACGUCUCAGCUUCCUACUUGGCAGUUAAUCCUAUUCAGCAUGAUCGGAGUAAGCACAUUAAAAUCGACUAUCACUUUGUUCGGGAACGAAUAGCACAUGGAGAUCUUGUGGUGAAGCAUAUUCCUACACAGUUGCAGACUUGCAGUUAGCUGAUAUCUUCACCAAGAAUUUAUCUAGUCAACGUUUUGAAUUUUUACGUUCCAAUUUGCACGUGAUUUCCCCUCCACAAAUUGAGGGGGUGUAAUAAUGUAAUAAUUAGGGUUUUCCAUGUAAUAUUUUAUAACUUUGUUUUAUUAUAUAUAUAAG